CUUGAAAAAUAAGUUUAAAAUAAGUUAACCAGCUAACAUGACCAACUUCCUAGAUCUUUAUAAAACAAACUUAUAAAACGUACCAGUCUAAUAAUUUGAGGAGAAUUUAAAAUAUUUUUUUUUAGGUUUUAAAGGUUAAAUUUAAGCUCAACUUAUAUAACGAGUUUGAUAAGAUUGGGUACCAUUUUAUUUCAUUAAAGAGAGAAUAAUAAUGUUGUCAGCUUUAUUAAAAGAAAAUGUUUCUGUCUUCAGCUGGAGCUUGUAGGGAGGGUUAGAGAGGGCUGAUGUAUUUUCCCCUUAAUGUUAUGCAUAUUUAUUUAUUUUGUGACAGUUGUUUUAUGUGCAUGUGAAUAUUGGAGCAGUUUUCAAAUGCUAAACUGUACUCUAUCUUGUCACUCGGAUGCUACCCUUUAAACAGUGUAUACAUCUUUUGCACCUUUAGUGUAUCCUUUACAUGCUAAUGUGAAUGAAGUGUAUCUUUAAAGCACAUAAUUGCACCUUCAUAAUAAUUAGCUAAUAAUUUUAGAGUAAUAAUUUCAUGUAAAGUUAGACUUCAUGCACAUUUCUAGCUGAAAGAUUAAGCUAGAGUUUGGUAAACAUCACACCAGGGCUGAUAGCAGACUCCAAAUCCAUUCACUGCCAGAAAAAGGGUACUAAACUCUAGCUUAAUCUUUCAAUCUUAAUCUAUUCUCAUUUGAAAAAGCCAGGGUUAGUUUGUAGUUUCGGUUUGGGAUGAGGAAGACUGUAGAUUUCUGCUGUAUUGGAUGAUGUAUGAGGGGUAUUUCCAGGCAGGAGGGGCCACUUCAUUACUCAUAAAAUAAAGAAAAAACCCUGAAACACUAAAACGAAAGUAAACUUUCCCCCUAAGAGGUGCAUUUGCCCCGGCGAGCACGUGUAACGUGUAACGCGUAACGCGUACCGCUGGUGCUCAACGCGUGUGUAACACGCAGCUCUAACGUGAGCACGGGAGGCUGUAAUCUCAGACUGAAAGCAAGCAGAAGGAGGAGGCAGAGGAGAGCUAAUCUAAUCGGAUUAUGGAGCUCCACUUCAGGAGCACGUGAGGCUGAGAGCUACAGAUGGAUGCGCAGCUCGCAGUGCGCAACCGCAAGCGCGCGGGACAUUGCGGCUUUUAAUGACUUUCCGCGGGGAUUAAUCCGUGUUCACUAACUGCCUGAUGAAGAUGUGUGUUUUACUGCCACGGACAGACAUGAUGAGGAGACCACAGUCUGGAACUGACUCAAGUUUCGGAGGAUAGCCCAGGAGGACAGGAUGAACGGAGCUGUGAGUGAAGACCUAACUUUAUUAUUGUUAUUGUUGUUUUUUAUUAUUUUUGUUUCAUCAUCACUACUCUGACUUGGCGAACACGUCGUUUCCGAAGCCAAAUGAGUUAAGAGAUCGUGAGUGGAGGAGUUAACGGGUUAGAUGUUGCUAAUGAGGGACCAGGAGGAUGGGGGAAGCUCCUCACCGGGCAAACUCAAACCCAAACUCAGCAGCGCCACGCAGAUCCACCCCGCAGUCCCGCACGAGCACACGCACACGCACACGCACGAGCCGCCGGACACCCCGCACAGCGACUACGACGAGGAUCUCGGCUCGUGUGAUUAUUGUGAGGAGGACUGUGAGGAUUACGAUGAGCUUUCCGACUCGUUCGACACACGGAGCAUCGCCUCGGAUGACUCGUUUUACCCUCCGGAUGAAGAGCUCACGGAGUCGGAGUGCGCACCAAGCCCCGGGACGCUGUCGCUUUUCCGCGCCUGCUGCACCAACAGCGCGCUCACUGCCAAGGCUCUGAUCCGGCAGGGUGUGACGGAGGAGGACGUGCAAGAAACGGACAAGAACAGCCGGACUGGGCUGAUGGUGGCGUGUUAUCAUGGCUACGUGGACGUGGUCAUCGCACUUUCUCUGUGUCCUCACCUGGACGUGAACUGGCAGGACAACGAGGGCAACACGGCCCUGAUCACAGCCGCGCAGGCCGGCCACAUCAUGAUCACUAACUACCUGCUCAACUACUUCCCUGGCCUUGACAUUGAAAAGAGGAACUGUCACGGAUUCACCGCGCUGAUGAAAGCUGCCAUCCAGGGCAGAGUGGACUGUGUCCGUGCGCUGAUCAUGGCAGGAGCUGAUCUGGAAGCCAGAGAUAACGGGCGUAAGCUGACUCCUCGUGAGUGGGCGCUGUUCACUGGACGAUACGAGACGGUCUUCGUCAUGCAGCGGCUCAUCCAUCGGCCGUGUCCUGAGCAGUGCUCCGACUCGUACCAGCCCGAGUGGCCCUUAUUGCCAGCUCUGGUGGCCAAAUCGCAACAGCGCAAAGGCUGUGUCCAGAAGAUGGUGGAGGCUCUGCGCAACUUUUUUGACAUCAGCAACGUGACAGAAGCUUCAGAAGACGGUGUCUUCGACCACAUGGUGCAGAUGACAACAGCACUGGGCAGCCCGUUUAUCGCCAUGUCCUGUCGGACGGUGUGUCCCGGUAGUCCGCCAUGCGUCGGAAAACGCCGCUACUCGGUCCAGGAGAUCCUAAAAAAGCAGCGCACGCAGCAGCUCAAAGGACUCGGACCUGAACGCCUGGAGAACUACAGACGCCUCUUUCAGAACUCUCGCGUCACUCUGGUGCCUAAAUCCAAAGACAGACGUGCUAGCCUUCAGCCCCAGACUCCCAGGGACUCUUCAGCGCUCCGGAGAGGAAGUCUCCUCCCGCUCCACCUGGUGAGACGGAGCAGCGUGAGACCGGGCCCGGUGGUGCCCAAGCUGCGGAUCACCAAGGCUCCCACGGCAACGCACGAGCCCGAGAAGGAGCGGCGCAAAAGUAGCUGCAACAGUGGCCAGUUCCUUCAGGUCCCCAAGUGGAGGUACAAAGAACUUAAAGAAGAACGAAAGAAAGCAGAGGAAGCUGAGAGGAAACGGCUGGAGGAGAUCACUAAGCGACACUUCGCUGGGGGGAAACAGAAGUAACGCUGUCACGACGUGUGCACUACACAUCCCAGUCCUGGCAUGGGAAUUUUGAUACUUGAAACUUUUGAUGAUAAUUUAUUUUCAUAUUUAUUCUUUAAGAAAACUCUCACUUUUUGGGAUGAUCCAGAGGGUCAAACAUUUCUAUAACACAAAAAAAAAAUCAUUCCAUGGUAGGACCAAUAUGGUAGCUGUUAAAGGCUUAAACAUCUACACUACCAGCAUAAACAUCCAAUCAAAAAUAUUUGUACAUACUAAAAAUAUAAUUUUUUUUUUCAGAAGCAAUGUAUCAAAAAGGUACACAUCUCAGAAGCCUUUCCUCCAUGCAUGCUUUACUGCAAAUCUACAGCCCUUUUAGGUAAUAAAAUAAGUCCCAGGAACAAAACUUGAAUGUGAAACUAAAUAUCAGCACAGUGGGUGUGGCCUAAUAGUCGAAUGAGCACAUUUGUUCAACACAUCUCUGUCUGAGAUGCCAAGCCUGCUACAGCAGGGACCUUUAAAAGGAAACACACAAGUAGCCAGUUUAUAAAGCGCACCAACCUUGUAGCUACUGUCUGCCGACGUAUCUGUUCAGUGGUGCUCUCCUUCCACUGAUGGAUGGGAUAGAGAGGUGCCAAUACUUCUGGAACACGCAGACUGCUAAAACUGAGAAAAAUGCAGUACAGAGCACGUCAAGCAAAAAUAAAAACACUAACCGGAAUUAAAUAACGUUUGAGUCGAUUCCCUUCACGGAAAACUCAAAUCCAUCACUACUGAAAAAUCUGUAGUCGGUGUUAAUGCAACAUUAAACCACAGCGGUGCUGAAUUCUGGAAUCUGAUUGGUCAGAAGGCGUUGAUUCAUUUUCUAUAACAGCAGCUCUGACAGUAGCGCAGCUGCGAAUCACAGGUUUAUAUUAAUGCACUUGUUCUGAUACGUUAUUGUUUCCAUAGUAACAGCUAAUUCACGGGGACGUACACAGCAGCUGCCCCACAUACACAGAUUUAAAAAAAAUGUUGAUAUGGUGAAGGUUUCUGUCAGGAGAUGUUUAUUAAAGUCCUCAAUUAUGGAAGGAGUCUCCAGUAUCAGCAUUUUGUAACAGUCAGAGGUAAAGCUGUAACUUUUCUGAGGUUACGCUUUACGGUUUUUCAGGUGUGAUUUUUUUUACUUAACUUCAUAAGAGAGAGAAUAAAGAGAGGCUGGUGAGGGAACGAUGGUUUAGCGCUGCUAUAACGUAAGUGAGAACAGGAACUAACUUUUUCAUGAACAUUAAAAUUACUAUAAACGGAUAAAAAGUAUGAGAGGUCGUCUUAUAAAUCGCAAUUUUGCGGUGGUGUAAGAGGAAUAAAACACUUCAGAACGUGCUGUUAUUAGAAAAUAGUCAACUUUUGGGUGGUAACAUUAAGUCUGCUUUGCACACCCUGUAAUUUUUUUACUCUGUACCUCAUGAACUAGCAGAUGUGUGUGUUAAUAAAGAGAAGCUGCAUCAUGAAAACCCUCUAUAACAUCAAAUCAAACUGCUAUUAACACUUUAAUCGUCACCAUAACCUCAGGUUCUAUACAGAUCAAACAAAACAUGUUUUUUUUCUUCGUUCUUGACCACAGAACCACUGUGCCUCUGUUCCUACUUCCCAGUAUUCCUACAUCUCCAGUGCCCUCCAGAAUUUUUGGCACCUCUUCGUGCACAAGAGCAAAAAUUAAUAUAUUAAGAGUAACACAUGCAAUAAAUGAUAAAUAUACAUCAAGCUCAAAUAUAAAUAUGACAACAUCAUAUAAUCGUAUUUAAACAUCAUUGUUUCAAACACUGCUUGAAUUAUUUCCUAACUUAAAGCUUGAAAUGAUCACACUUUGCUUCUUUUUUUCAAAUAAAUUCAUGAAUUAUAAAGAAACACAAAAUUACAUCAGCAGAACAAGUGCAAGUUUAAAGUGAAUAAAAAUGGCUUACAACAUACGUAUCGUUUUAUUUAUUCCUUUUUCUUUUCCAAAAACAAAAUUUGCACCCUUACAAUCAACAUUACGGUCUUGGAGAGAAUAAAAGUUUAUUCCUGUAACAUUUAACAAAAUCAUUUCAAGUAUUCUUUAGGAUUAUCAAUAAUACAUUUUUUUUUUUUUUGUCAUGAUUUGAGUGAAAAGCCUGAAUUAUUGUGUGUUAUUUUUUUAAAUUUGUAGUCAUAUUUGUUCAUGUUUAUGACCAAUAAUUCUGGAGAGCCGUGUGUACGAUUCUACUUGAAGUCACAUGACCUGUCGAGCAAUAGGACUGCGUGAAAUCCGAUAAGCGGCGAUGUUUGAGGAAAUUGUAUCUGAUGAAAUGUGAAUAAAGUUUGCAGUACUGCGCUGUAACUCGAA